AUACAGAGUAAAUGACUCAUCACUCUUUCACUCUCUAGUUCACCAAUCAACAUAUUUCAUCUAUCUCCUCCGUUGAAAUUCCCUUUCUCACCUCUCUAUAAAAGCAAACAAACGUUUAUUUGAGCAUAAGAUCCAACAUCCAACACCCAACAUCCAACAUCCAACAUGGGUACUACUGUGUUAAAUAUCCUGUUUUUACCCUCUCUGUUUCUUCUAACAUUACAACUUCCACAAAAUAAAGCAGAAAACUUCUGUAAGUUAGCGAAUAAUUAUACAAUUUCUGCAACAAAUCCCGAAUUAGCAGCUUCAAAUGGAGGAAAAUGCAACAAUUUUCAAGGGAAAUGGGUGUUCGAUUCGAAAUACCCACUAUAUGAUUCUUUAAACUGUCCUUUUAUAGACCUUGAAUUCAAUUGUCAAAGUAGACCUGAUAAAUUGUUCCAGAAGUAUAGGUGGCAGCCCUUUGGUUGUAAUUUACCAAGGUUUAAUGGACUGUAUUUUUUAAGGAAAUGGAGGGGAAAGAAAAUAAUGUUUGUUGGUGACUCACUGAGUUUAAAUCAGUUUGAAUCGUUGGCUUGUAUGAUUCAUUCUUGGGUUCCCAAUACUAAAACUUCAUACAUUAGGGGAGGCGCUCUACGUUCCCUAACUUUUCAGGAAUUUGGAGUGACCAUAAUGUUAUAUCGGACACCAUUUUUAGUUGAUAUAGUGAGAGAGAAAGUUGGACGAGUAUUGAAGCUUGAUUCUAUCAGUGGUAAUGCGUGGAAAGAAAUGGAUAUGCUCAUCUUCAAUUCAUGGCAUUGGUGGACUCACACUGGCCGUGCUCAGCCGUGGGACUAUAUCCAAGUGGGGAACAAGUUAUACAGAGAUAUGAAUCGUUGGAUUGCAUUCUAUAAAGGCCUAACAACUUGGGCUAGAUGGGUUGACCUCAAUGUAAACCCUUCUAAGACAAAAGUCUUCUUCGUUGGCGUUUCUCCUUCACAUGAUUUUGGAAGUGAUUGGGAUGAACCAUCAAAAUCGUGCUCGAGCGAGACGGAGCCAUUCUUCGCCACAAGAUAUCCGGCAGGGACACCACAAGAAUGGGCAGUUGUGGAGAAAGUGAUGAGCCGAAUACGGAAACCAGUGUAUUGGCUUGAUAUAACAACGCUGUCUCAAUAUAGAAAAGAUGGUCACCCUUCUAAAUAUGGUGGCCACGGUAAAGACUGUAGUCAUUGGUGUUUGCCUGGAUUGCCCGAUACUUGGAACCAACUUCUCUAUGCUGCUCUCUUCCAAUGACUUGGUUUUUUGAGGGAAUUUGGAGUUAAAAUUGGGCUGGGCUUUGUGCUUUAUAAUUUUUUUUUGUGCCUUGAUUCCUAUUUGGAUUUGGAUUUGGAUUUGGAUUUGGAUUUGAAUUUGAUUAUUUCAGUGAGAAGUGAGGGGUGCAUAAGGACUUUUACUUCAAGUGUAAAAAAAGUUGUCCAUCUUUGGUCAAAGAGGUGCAGCAUUUUAUAAUCGUUGCUAGUUCACAUGAAUGACGGAAUUCCAUUUUGUUAAUUUGCAAAGAAUUUGUUGUAUGAUUGGGAGGUUAUACACUAUCAGAUCUUCUCCUCUA